AUGAAAGCUAGUCGUGUCCCUCUAGGAGAAGCGGUUCGUGUUAGUGGCAGGCCGCGCGAUGGCGCUGCGUCUCCGCAGCGGCCCGGGCCUCUCUGGGGCGCUCGGGCGCGCUGGCCCCUGGGGACGCCGAGGGCGGCUGCGAAGCGCAGAGAAGCCGUGGCUCUCCCACCUGUCACCCUGGCCCUUCUCUGCUUGGACGGUGUCUUCCUCUCCUCAGCUGAGAAUGACUUCGUCCACCGGAUCCAGGAGGAACUGGACCGCUUUCUGCUGCAGAAGCAGCUGUCAAAGGUUCUUCUUUUCCCCCCACUCUCCAGUCGCCUCCGGUACCUGAUCCAUAGAACAGCAGAGAAUUUUGAUCUCUUGAGCAGCUUCUCCGUUGGGGAGGGCUGGAAGAGGAGGACGGUCAUCUGUCACCAGGACAUCAGGGUACCCAGUUCAGAUGGCCUCUCUGGCCCCUGCCGCCCUCCUGCCUCCUACCCCAGCAAGUACCAUGGUCCUCGGCCCACCUCCAACCAAGGAGCAGCUGCUCCCCGAGGUGCCCGGGCUGGCCGGUGGUAUCGUGGACGCAAGCCAGACCAGCCUUUGUAUGUGCCCCGGGUGCUGCGCAGGCAGGAAGAAUGGGGGCUGACCUCUACCUCGGGGCUCAAGGGAGAGGCCCCAGCUGGCAGGGAUCCAGAAGAACCUGGAGAUGUUGGUGCUGGAGACCCCAACUCUGAUCAGGGACUCCCUGUGCUGAUGACUCGGGGAACAGAGGACCUAAAGAGCCCAGGACAAAGGUGUGAGAAUGAGCCGCUGCCGGACCCUGUUGGCCCUGAGCCCCCGGGGCCUGAGAGUCAGUCAGGGAAGGGAGACAGGGUGGAGACGGCCACACGGUUUGGGUCCACCCUGCAGCUAGACCUGGAAGAGGGGAAGGAGAGUCCGCUGGAGAAGAGGCUCGUGGCAGAGGAGGAAGAGGACGAAGAGGAGGUGGAAGAGGACGGCCCCAGCAGCUGCUCGGAAGACGAUUACACUGAGCUGCUGCAGGAGAUCACAGACAACCUGACGAAGAAGGAGAUUCAGAUAGAGAAGAUCCACUUGGACACGUCCUCCUUCGUGGAGGAACUGCCUGGAGAGAAGGACCUUGCCCACGUGGUAGAGAUCUAUGACUUUGAACCGGCGCUCAAGACGGAGGACCUGCUGGCAACGUUUUCUGAGUUCCAAGAGAAGGGGUUCAGGAUUCAGUGGGUGGAUGAUACUCAUGCACUCGGCAUCUUUCCCUGCCUGGCCUCAGCUGCUGAAGCCCUGACCCGGGAAUUCUCGGUGCUCAAGAUCCGGCCCCUCACGCAGGGAAGCAAGCAGUCAAAGCUCAAAGCCUUGCAGAGGCCAAAACUCCUGCGUCUGGUGAAGGAGAGGCCGCAGACAAAUGUGACGGUGGCCCGGAGGCUGGUGGCCCGGGCCCUGGGACUCCAACACAAAAAGAAAGAGCGGCCUGCUGUCCGGGGUCCGCUGCCGCCCUGAGGCCUGGAGACCCAGCCGGCCUGGAUCUGCGCCCUGAUGUAGCUGGUGCCCCAACACCAUAAGCCUUCACAGAUGCCAGAGCAGCCCCGCGCCACCCUCAAGCUUCACCAUGGGGUGGGGUGGGCUUUAGUUUAGUCUCACAAAUGGAGAAAAAAUAAAAACAUUGUUCUAAUGUGA